AUGAGGUCAGACAUGGAGGAGGAGGCAACAGUCAAGACAUUUUUUCGCCGAUUUUCAGCUAUGGGAAGAGGUCGGUCCUCUCGCGGUCAAGGCGGCGGUGACCGGUCUCGGAGGGCAUGGAGCGACAGGGAGGAGAUGCACUUCAUAGCGUCUCUGAAAGAGUUGGUUGCUACUGGAUGGAAGGCCGACAAUGGAUUCAGAUCUGGGUAUCUCUUCAAGUUGGAAGAAUCCAUGCGCCGCGAGUUUCCGAACACUGAUUUGCGGGUCAGCCCCCACAUCUCCUCCAAGCUUCACACUUGGAAAAAGUUUUACUCUGCUGUGUCCUCAAUUCUGGAAAGAAGUGGUGUUGGGUUCAACAACCACGGCGACUUCAAGAUUGACUGUGACGAGCAUGUUUGGAGUGAAAUAAUCAAGGCUGACAGUGGUGCUCGUUUUAUUCGUUACAAGUCGUGGCCGUAUUAUGCGGACUGGAAGAUGGUGUUCGGGAAGGAUCGUGCUACCGGCAACAACGCACAAGAUACUGACCGUGCGAAUGAACUUUGUGCCUCUGGAUCCCGUGAUUCCAACAACCCCGGCGCGGAUGGAAGCCCACCGGAAGGUGAAGAUGUCUACGAUGGAGUCGGUUUGAAUGACCGUGUCCCCCCUGACGAGCAGACCGACAGUGUCUAUAGCAACGCAGUAGACAGCGAGCGUCGUGGAGCAAGGAAGCGUAAAAGGGGUGAUGCACUUGAUGGUCUCAUCGACGUCUUAGGAAAACUGCAUGAGGACACAAAUGCAAGGCUUGACCGUCUGAGUGAUCGCAUCGGGUAUGAGUUUGACGUGACAAAGGCGAGGAAGGAGGUUUUCCAAAUGAUGGGUCUUAUUCCAGGGCUGACCCUGUCUCAAGUUUUCAUUGCAUCCGACGCAAUACUUGCGAGGGUUGAGCGGCUCGACUACUUCAUGAGUCUCCCGGAGGGAGCACGCCAACCCUAUGUGUGGCAUGCGCUUGAGCAUUACACUAGCAACUAG